GUUCAUCGUAGCGGAGAAAAUGGUCCAGAUGGUCGUCAGUCAGCAUCCCCCGGACCCGCCUCCUCAGCUCACGGGUGUGGAGGGAACGCUUGGCCCUCACGGCUUUACAGCUGUGACCUCUGACCCUACCACUGCUGUGACCUCUGAACCUCCCGCUGUAAACCCUCCUCUCCCGUCCACCUGUGUGUCCAUGCCACCCGACUUCCUCCUGGCGACCGCUAUCUCCACCCCGACCCUGAACAACGACCACAGCGACAUGUCUCAGCUUUCUUCCCACUCCCAUCUCCGCCCAGAGCAAACAAGCUGUACAUUGGUCUCGGAAACGAACCCAUUCCUCCCACAACCUCCUCCCUGUGAUGCUCUCAACUCUCACUCCUCUCCCUUGUCUCAUGAUGCCACUCAGUUCCUGCCUGAUGUGAUGACCGGUGCUAAUGCUACACUCUACUCGGACUCAUUCCAGCCAAUCACUGAUAACUCUCAAACUAGAUUCUGCGACCUCCCGCCAGCUGACCCCUGCCUCAUGAAGGAUAUGUCCUGGAACUUGGACAACGCCCAGCAGUACUGUCUCGGUGAUGCUGACAAAUUGGUUCAUCCAAAUCCUGGUGCUGACAGCCAGUGUAGCGGUGUGGAAUACGCCGAUCGCACUCAGAGAGUGAGGCGCGAUAGCUCGGAGAGUACAGAGACGGUGUCGUCGACGGGGGAAACCUUCAGCAGCGCGUACACCGACACCGUGUCCAGCGUGAACAGCACAGACUUCCUCAUCAGACCGGACGAGUCGGACGAAGAAACCGGAGCUGUGAAACCGGUUGAAGCCGUGCAAGAGAUCUACUACAAUAACGGAUACGCUUCCUACUCCAGCUCUGAGAUGUUGUGUACGGAUAAAGAAAGUGAGGAUGAAGAGAGUGCCGGUGAACAAGGGGGAGGUAAGUCGGAGCAACCACUCCUGGGGGAGGGAGAGGAAAGCAGCGGCAGUCAAACUGAGGUCAGUCCUGAUGACGACAUUGCUGGCGAAGAAACGGACAAAGAGAAAACGGCCCUGGAUGACUUUGUCCCACAUUCCCUGAUCCCCAUCACCGAACACGAAGAACUUCAAUCUUUCCUGGGGGAGGAAGUGGAGCCAACAAUGUACACCAAGAUCACAAACAAUAUUACCGUCGUUGACGAGUCCUUCCUGUUUGAGAGUCAGACAAGUCUAGGGGAGUCAGAGACCCCAAAACACAGCCGAAGAGCAGGAACCAUGCAGAAUCUCCAUGAACGGUUAAGCUUCUUAGAUUUAACAGAGAUCUCAAAGGUGGGAAGGGCUUGCCAAAAAGCCUUGAUUUAUCUCAAAGAUGACUUGACAUUUGGCUCUCUAGCUUCUCUCAACAACAUGGCUAACAAGGGAUUUGACAAGGACCCGGGGCAGGGUGUCAGCCUCAUCGAUGGCGGAAAAGUGCUCGACGUUGUUCCCAGCUCUCGUCACACCAGAAAUCUGGUAGCCAUGAGCCUGGUGAUAACCCUGCUGUUCACCGCUAUUGGCUCCGUGCGCAAUCUGCAGAGCAGCAUCAACCACGAGGGGGGCGUUGGAGUCAUAUCAAUGGCCGUCACGUUUGCUGGUUAUAUGAUCGGGAGUGUGUUCAGCGUUUCUGUUGUCCAAAACUUCCAGCCCAGAACGUCCAUCAUCAUCAACUUGAUCCCCAACCUACUGUAUGUGGCGGCCAACAUCUACCCAACGUUGUGGAUCAUGGCUCCCAUCUCGUUCAUCCAGGGUUGGUCCACGGCCAUUUUGUGGAACGCCAUGAGCACCUAUGUCACUUUCCUGGCCCGAGGACGUGCUCAAAAAAAGAAUGAAAGCUUCGAGAUUGUCUCUGGACGGUUCUUUGGUAUCUUCUGUCUGAUCUACCAGAGCUACCUCAUCGUGGGCAAUCUGAUCGCCUCCCUGGUGCUCAUGUUUGGGAAGACGCCCGAUCCCCUGGCCCAGAAUGCCACAGCUGCCAACUCUUCUCUCGUCAUUGCUCAAGCUUUCAAUCACUCUCAGAACUUGUCCUAUGGAGCGGAAGCGCCAACAUCUCUCUCUGCCGAUGUGAACUCCCGUCUUCCACCACUCCCGUCGAACCUGACCUUGAAGGACGUUACUCACCUCCAUCUGUGCGGUGCAGAGUACUGCCAGCACUUUGACCUCGAGGGAAGUGCCUUCUCUGUCAGCGUGGAAACAAAGUACGUCCUGUUUGGCAUUUACAUGGGCUGUAUUGUCCUGGCCAUUCUCAUUGCCAUGUUUAUCCUGGAGCCGCUGAAUGUUCGUCUGUUCAGUCCAAACACAUCGCGACUACAGAAAACAAAGAGUCAGCUCCUGUCCCUCGUCAAGUUCAGCGUGAACAGGAAGUUCCUGCUCCUUUUGCCGAUAUCCAUGUACUCGGUCAUGCAGUUUGGCUUUGUGUCUGCAGAAGUCACCAAAGCGUUCGUGACGUGUCCGCUUGGGAUUCACAUGGUGGGCUACACGAUGAUCUGCCUGGGCGUGUGUGGGAGCGUCAGCUCAUACCUCAGCGGUCUCCUCACUAAAUACACCGGCCGCACGUCCCUUAUUCUCACUGCUGCAACGUUGAACUUUGGGGCCUUGACCUUUAUGUCGGUGUGGCACCCCACUCUAGACUCCCUGGCACCGUACUUUGCUCUCAUGGGGGUCUGGGGGGUCAGUGACGGAAUCUGGAUCAGCCAAGUGAACAGUCUGAUGGGCGUUGUGUUCCCGGACAAAUACGAAGAGGCUUUCGCUGGUCUUCGAGUCGCUCAAGGACUCGGGCUAGCUUUCAGCUUCGGCUACUCCAACACUCUGUGCAUGCAGCACAAGAUCUACAUCAUAGGCUGCAUCUGUUUGCUGUCGGUGGUUGGCUACCUCGUCAUGGAGGGCAUUCUGAGGAGAAGCUCGCGGCAGAAGCCUGUGUUGCUGAAGCAGACGUCAGUCUAAGUUAGCUGUGUGACCGCACCCAGCUGUUUUCUGUAUGUGUGUGUGCGUGCGUGCAUGUGUGCGUGCGUGUGUGUGUGUGCGUGAAUGUGUGUGUGUGUGCGUGUAU